AUGAUCGGAGCUACGAGUACAAGGCGUUGGCUGUGGCUGUGGCCGCUGCUAGUCUGUCUGGCGGCACAGGGAAUAUCGGCUCGACAAGGACACGGAUGGAAACGUUACGUAAGCAGCCUGAACAAUUCAGCAGAAGAGGAAGAUGGCAUUGGGGACGUGGUGGCGCCCAGGAAUCUGUCACCGUGGCAAGUGUCCAUACAGAAUGCAAAGCGGAGGCACAAGUGCAGUGGCGCCAUACUGGCGAAGGACUGGGUCGUAACGACGGCCAACUGCAUGCGGGGCUUUAAAGUAAAAGGCUCUCGCAUGGUCGUCGGCACCCAGAUACUGGGCACAUCGAAUAAACACAGCUACAAAAUCGAAUACGUGAUCGCCCAUCCGCACUUUGACAAGCCCAAGAAGGCGAAUGACAUAGCACUGAUCUACACGCACACGAGCAUUAAGUUCAGCUGGAAGAUCAAGGCCAUUCCGGUGCUGGGCGCUCCGCUGCCCAGGGAUACCCUCGUGCUGCACACGGGCUGGUCGUGGCGCAAGGGCGUGGAUGCGAACAAGAUGCGCACCGUCUAUCACCGGGUCAUACCGUACAAGAUCUGUUUGAGUUACUUCAACCAGCGGGUCCGCAAUCCCAUUGCACCCGGCCACUUGUGCUUGAACCUGCCCAAGGACAGUGAUUAUUGCCUCAGGGAAUCGGGCGGCCUGCUGGUGCACAAAAACAAGCUGGCGGGGCUCAGCAGCUUCGGUGCGACCUGUGCCAAUGGCGAUCCUUUUGUGGGCACCAGAAUCUCCUUCUACUUUGACUUUAUACGCACCACAAUGGAGGGCUGCAGCCGAUGCACACCGGAGUACAGCUUCGAGGCUCGCUUCUUUGACUUGUAG